GUUGGUUUUUUAUUAUGUAAGUGAGGUAGUGUUUGUUAAAAUUUAUGUUGAUAAAUUGCUGCAAUUGAUAGUUUGUGUACAAUUUCUCCAAUCAUUGGAAUCAUUUACUUUUCAUAUUCUUGGUCUGAACUCUGCAAAAAUUUUAAUCAAUAAUUUCUGGUUCACGAGGACGGAGGAAGCUGAUAUCAAUAUCAAAUAUCAUCUUCUACAAAUGUUUCUCCUCAAAAAUUAAGUAUAAAUUGCAUUCGCCCAACUAUUUUGUUUUCGAAAUUUUAAUUAACAAUUUCUGGUUCACGAAAAAGCUCAUAUCAUUUUCUACAGAUGUUUCUCCUGAAAAAAUAAAGUAUAAAUUGCACUUGCCCAACUAUUUUGGCCGCACGCCAGAAGGUAGACGCUCCUGGGAGCCCGAUUAUGGGGUAUUCCUCGCGGGUCACGUGACGUCACACCACGUGACCUGUAGCGCUGUUCUACAGAAAUAAGGUCUUCACUUAUAAAGGCUCUGAAAAUACAACCAGACGUUGAUAUAUUCCGUCAUUUAGCUGGACUGCCGCUCUCAGAUUCGUUUUACAAGCGAUUUGUGAGCUACUCAACCCUCAGUUCUAGCAUGAGCUAAACAGCCGACUAUCCUCCGACUCAUUUCUCCUGUUCUUUAUGAAAUUGUGUUCCAAAUAGUUGGAGAAAGUCUCGACGGUAACUGUGAAACAUUGAAUUGAGCAGAAUAACUCGUUUGAGACACUUUUAAUAUCAGUUAGAACUUAGCUGUUAGGGGCCAAAAGUUUCAUCAAAGGCUGAUCGUUUCUAAUCCUCGUCUGGAUGUUCGCUUUUAUUUCUUAAAAAGUUAUUUAAAAGUGAGUGAUCGUAUAGUGAUAUGUUUCUCAUGACUAGCUACUCGUCGUCUUAUCUGAAGUCAUGUUGUAGUCAUGGUAACAGCAAACAUACUCAUAGUUAUAUGUCGACGAGCAUGUCAUCCAUACAUCCGAUUAAAUGUGCUUACUUUGAUCUGAACCAGGGUUGUUUCAUUUUGUCUUCCCGUUUGAUAUUUACUGGAUCUGAUAGUGAUAGUUAUUUUGUUAUCUUAAAAACUAUAACUGAAGUUUUUUAGAAAUUUAAUUCAAUAUGGAGGGCUAACGAAAAUUAAUUGAACAGUAUUUGGUCUAUUUUUAUGCACGUAUUUUGAAUUUGAUUCGCUGUAACGGAAUGAAACUUGUAGUCAAAAAAUAAACGUGAGCUACGAUGGGAAGAAAGAAAAAGUUGCCAGAAGAUUACGCUAAAGAGCAUGAAGAGGAAUUUGAGGUGAAAGUUAUAUGGAAGGAUCUAGUAGGGCUAGGAGAUAGUUCCAUCAAGGUGCCGGAAUCAGCCCUGGUCUGUAAAUACUGUGACACGUUUGUGAAGCCGAAGGGGAGCAGAAUAUCGGAACACCUCAUAUCCGCACGCCACAACGAGAUGAAGAAAAGGGCUGCUGGAAAAGUGGGAUCUAAUCUCAGAUUCCUGCCCAACCUACAGUUGAAACUAGAGCAGCAGAGUGUUUGUGCUCAGGAGUUGGUACGAGCGCUAGCUAUCGCUGGAGUUACCCAACCUAGCUCUGUUCCUGCAGUUCUCAGUCUGACGAAGGGACAGAAAGGGGGCCUUUAUCAGGAGGUCUGGGACAUGAAGAAUGUUAUGGAGACUUAUCUUCCGGUAGUGUUCAGUAAAUACCAGACCCAGGACCUCGCCACUAUACUGAAAGGGAAACGUUUGAACCUCUACAUUGACAACACCAUUGAGAUCAAUAACAUUCCUGGGGUGGCUCUCUAUUCUAAGUAUUAUGACACUGUAGUGGACGUGCACAAGGAAAUAUUACUAGAUGUCAGUCCCCUCCCCGUCUGUGAUAACAAAGUUUUGGCAGCCUACAUAUCAUUUCUCUCCAGAAGUUUGGUGUAUCCUGGUGUCAAAUCUCUACAGUCAGUGUAACCGCACUUGAUGAUAUUGGCACAAUGGCUGAAACGCUGAAAAGUAUGAAUCCUAAUAUUGUGGUCCUUCUAAGCUUAGCUAACCAG